CUCACCGCCACUGCAUGCUCGCCGUCGUUGCCGCGCCUCUUGCCGGAUCCUCCGCGUCGUGUGCUCGUGUCUGGCCUCUCUCCUCCGUCUGAGCUCAGCUGCUCGGGCGUCUCUCGCCUCCGCGUCUGCUCGAGCUGCGCUUCCUGUUUGUGUCGUCGCCGCGCCUCCCUCGCCUCUCUCCCUCCUCGCGUCUCUGCUCGAGCUUUGCUUCCUGCUGGCGUCUCGCCGCGCCUCCCUCCGCCUCUCCUCCGUCUCUGGGUGAUUGUUGCUGCUCGUCCCUCGUGGUCCAUGCCGCAGUGGUUGUUGCUGCCUGCCGUGCAUCGUCCACCUUCCGAAAUCGAUUCUGCCUCUGCAACAACAGCAACAACAGCUGCAGCACUGCAAUAAGGCAUUUGGUUCCUAAUAUUUGUCAAAACGAAGCAAGAUAUGAUCCACAAAGUCUUCAAAUAAGCCAGGAAAGCAUUGACGCAGGAGCAAGAGGAGCAUGCCACUUGGAAGCCAUUGAAGUGGGUAUAUGACAAGAAGAGAGGGUGGACAAAUGUCACUAUACCUUGUUAGGAAGAAAACUGAAUUGAUUGAUGUUGCAUAACUGACCAUCGUAGCUGUUGCCACUGAGAACGAGGACAACAGAGACACACACAGACGGGGGCUUCCCACUUGCAGUUGCCAAUACCUAUGGCCGAACAACACAACCACCCUAACCCUAAUCUUAACCCUCCUUCUGCUGCCCCUUCUUCUGCACCUGCACCACCCCCUCUGCCUCCUUCCUUUGAUCCCACUCGAAUGGUUGGUAUCAUCAAAAGGAAGGCGUUGAUAAAAGACCUGGCCGGUGUAUAUCAUGCAGAAUGUCUUGCAUACUGUCAGGAACUUUUGGAACUUCAAAGAAAAUGGGAAUGGGAAGAGCCACUGGAGGAUCCAAGAAAGGAUACAGUGCGGCCCUCCAAACGCGUAAAAAAGACACGAUAGGUUUUCAUGUGCAUCGUCCGAAAUGCAAGAAUGUAAAGUAAGUGAUACAGGAACAUGUUGCCCAUUUUAUGGUCCUCUCUAGAAUACUAGACUAUUAAUGCACCUGCCCCAGCAAAUGCAUGAAUGGCCAUCAUUUUAGGAUCUCCUUGAUGACCCUGUAGUUGUGCAGCCUCUGCUGAUUGAAGGGGGUAGUAAUAGUAUAUGAGAUUUGAUUGUUGUACGGAAUCACAUUUUCCUGCAAUCUGUUUUGGAGAUAAUUCAGUUUUAUAUAUUUUAGGUCUGCUUUUAAAUUGUAUGCUUCAGCUUUCUUGAGUAUGUUAGAAAUGUUAACAACUCAUUUAUCAUGGUAGUCAAAGUUAGCUGAUAUAUGAAAUUAUAUUCACAAAGUUAUUCAA